AUGGCUCCCUACCCCAGCGACAAUAACGGACGACGCCCGCCACAACAGCCCGGAAAUAACGACGAUGACGACGUAGCUCGCGAUCUUGCUGCACUCGACGAACGAUACCCGCCAACAUCUGCCAAUUUCUCUCGACCGCGAAAUACACGACGUUCUUACACAGAUCCCAACAAUGAUCGUCCGCCGCGUCGAUCUUCAGCUGAUGAUACCAAUGUGAGAUCUGCUUCGAGGUCCCGGUCCAGACGUCCCGAUGAUGGCGCACGUCGACGAGCAAGCGGACCAUACGAAUUGCGACCAAUUCCCUCGCGGACAGAAUUGUCCACUGACCUUUCGGGUCCUCCCGAUUACGGCGACCGAGCCGACAUUUCUGUCGACAAGGCCAGUGUCGCAUAUAAUGGCAAUUCUGCUUCUCGCGAAAAGUCCUCGGUGCGAGCCGAUAUCAAAAAGUAUCUUCGUCAAAGGCGCGAGAAAAAGAUUGGACCAAGCGCAAAGCCGACAUGGAAAGAGCGCACGCGCAAACAGCUCGGAGAACUCCACCAAAAGGUGAUUGUCGAAGCAAUAUUUCGCCAAAAACCUCUUCAGCCUCUACCAGACGGUCGUCAUGUACCUCUAAACCCUGCGCAUCGGAACGCUAAUGGUCUCAUCGACGAGCGCGCUGGGAAACCAUACAUCAGUAACUUUAUCCGGUCGAGCCGUUACACCGUCUAUGAUUUCUUCCCUAAACAACUCAUCUAUCAGUUCAGUAAGCUUGGAAACUUUUAUUUCCUUGUUGUGGGAACGAUCCAGAUGAUUCCUGGUCUGAGUACAGUCGGACGGUGGACUACGAUUGCACCUCUGGGUGUAUUUGUCGCAUUCAGUAUGGCCAAGGAAGGUUACGAUGACUAUAGGCGUUAUAGGCUUGAUCGUGUCGAGAACCGUAGUGAGGCUUGGGUUUUGACGGAUCGAGCCGCCACUGAAAAGGGUCGCAUACGGCAUGCCGAGAAGAUGAAGAAGAGGAAGGAAAAGGAUUCAAGGAAUGGCGAAGAACACAUGCUCGAUGAUCUUGAAACGGGUGCCACUGGCGCAAAAAAGGUCGGAAAUGACGGAGACUGGACUUCUGUUCAAUGGCAACAUGUUCGCGUGGGCGAUGUUAUUCGGUUGCGCCGCGACGAUGCCGUUCCGGCCGACAUUGUGCUUUUGCACGCCACAGGUCCCAACGGUAUCGCAUACAUUGAUACGAUGGCUCUUGAUGGUGAGACGAACCUCAAGAGUAAGCAAGCAUGCCCUUUGCUUGCUGAGCGGUGCAACACUAUGGAGGGACUGCGGGCAACACAAGCUACAGUCAUCUCCGAAAACCCGAACCUGGAUCUUUACAGCUACGAUGGCCGCGUGACUGUUGAUGGCGAGACUCUACCCCUCUCCAUGAACAAUGUCGUCUAUCGAGGCUCAACUCUUCGCAACACGGCCGAAGCGCUGGGCAUUAUUGUCAAUACCGGCGAGGAGUGCAAGAUUCGAAUGAACGCAAACAAGAACGUACGAGCCAAGAAACCUGCUAUGCAAUCUGUUAUCAAUAAGAUGAUCAUGGUGCAGAUCUUUAUCGUUCUCAUGCUCACCAUAGGCUUGACUAUAGGCUAUUACCUCUGGCGAGACCGAACUGAAGACUUUGCGUGGUACAUCAGACGUCGCGGCUUCUGGGAUGCACGCAUUCCGUUCAAGGAGAUUUUCUUUGGCUUCAUCAUAAUGUUUAACACACUCAUUCCGCUAUCGCUGUACAUUAGUCUUGAAAUUAUCAAGCUGGGUCAGCUCUUUCUCCUCCAGGACGACGACAUGUACGAUCCGAUAUCUGACACACCCAUGGUGGCCAACACGACCACUAUUCUUGAAAACCUGGGUCAGGUCAGCUAUGUCUUUUCCGACAAGACAGGAACGCUCACAGAAAACAUCAUGCGCUUCCGAAAAUUGUCGGUAGCUGGCGUUGCUUGCUUGCAUGACAUGGACGUGCAGAGAGACCAGGAGGAGAUGCGCAGGAAGAUUGAGGAGUCAGAGCGACCAAAGAAGGGAAAGUCAAAGAUGGGAAGUCUGUCAGCGAGCAGAAGCGCGGUGCCUACUAUAACUAUCGACGGACAACAGGGCGAUCUUCAAAGACCAGAAGCUACAAGAACCAUGUCAACGAGCCAUUGGCAAUCUUCCGUCAGCACGGCCCAAAAUACCGACAUGAAAACUGAGGACUUGCUCGACUAUAUCCAGAGAAAACCCAACACUGCUUUCUCGCGACGUGCCAAACACUUUCUACUAUGUAUUGCGCUAUGUCACACUUGUCUUCCUGAAAAGACUGACGAAGGUGACAUCAAUUUCCAAGCUGCAUCACCUGAUGAGCUCGCUCUUGUGGAAGCAGCCAGAGAUCUGGGAUUCCUAGUGAUUGACCGACCUGCACAAGCUAUCAAGCUAGAAACUCGGGACACGGAUGGCUCCCCCCAUACUGAAUCUUACCAGGUCCUGGACGUGAUUGAGUUCAGCAGUAAGAGAAAGAGAAUGUCGAUCAUCAUCCGCAUGCCUGAUGGACGUAUCUGUGUCUUUUGCAAAGGAGCCGACAAUGUCAUCAUGCAGCGCUUGAAGCUGAGCAACCUUGCUGAGGAGAAGGCAAAGGAUAUUGGUCGUCGCACAAGCCAGCGAAGGCUUUCUCGACAAGAUCAAGCCUUGCGACGAAUGAGCACGCAGCAGAGUAUCAGCCCUUAUGGAAGCCCCUACGGUAGCCCUCGCAACAGUUUCGGUUUCUCCAGGGCAGAAUCGUCAUCUAACCGGGAGGGGCUCAGACUAAGCUUGGGACGUCGUUCCACUGAUCUUAAGCGCUUGUCUCAGCAGCUCGCUCGGUCACCUCGCGCCUCGACAGACAUGAUGAGCCCGAUAAGUCCCAGGCAGAGUCUUGGCCACAUGCCAUCGUUUGAGAAUGCCGACAGCAAGAUUGACGAAUCUUUGGCGUCGAACGAGGGUGCCAUAUUCGAGAAGUGCUUUCAACACGUUGACGAUUUUGCCAGCGAAGGUCUUCGUACGCUUUUGUAUGCCUAUCGUUACAUUGACGAGGAUUCCUAUGCUCAAUGGAAGGCCAAGUACAGGGAAGCCGAGACCAGCUUGGUCGAUCGCCAAGAGAGAAUCGAAGCUGCUGGAGAGCUCAUCGAACAAAAGUUUGAGCUAGCUGGAGCGACUGCAAUCGAAGACAAGCUACAGGAGGGAGUUCCAGACACUAUCGACAAGCUGCGCCGGGCCAACAUCAAAGUGUGGAUGCUCACGGGUGACAAGCGAGAGACAGCUAUCAACAUUGGUCAUUCUGCUCGUGUGUGCAAGCCAUGGUCAGAGGUUUAUGUGUUGGAUGCGACUCUGGGCGAAUUAAAGGAGACCAUCACCAUGACUCUGAACGAUGUUAGCCGAGGCAUGGUUGCGCACUCUGUCGUCGUUGUUGAUGGUCAAACGCUUGCCAAGAUUGACGAAGACGACGAGCUAUCUCUCCUCUUUUAUGAUCUUGUCGUGCGUGUCGACUCUGUCAUCUGUUGUCGAGCUUCGCCCUCUCAAAAGACAAACCUUGUCAGUUCGAUUCGAAGAUAUGUGCCGAAGAGUAUGACUCUGGCGAUUGGCGACGGCGCAAACGACAUCGGCAUGAUCCAAGCCUCCCAUGUUGGUAUCGGCAUCUCUGGUCGUGAAGGCCUGCAAGCUGCUCGCAUCUCAGACUAUUCCAUCGCGCAGUUCCGGUUCUUGCAGAAGCUGCUAUUUGUCCAUGGCCGAUGGAAUUACAUGAGAACUGGCAAAUACGUGCUUGCCACCUUUUGGAAGGAAAUCUUGUUUUUCAUCGUGCAAGCUCAUUACCAGCGCUAUACGGGAUACACUGGAACGUCGCUGUACGAGUCGUGGAGUUUGACCGUUUUUAAUAGUGCUUUUACGUCACUCCCUGUUAUCCUUCUUGGUAUUUUCGAGAAGGAUUUGCGGGCCGAGACUCUGAUGAAGGUGCCUGAGCUGUACACGUUUGGUCAGCUCAAUCUUGGGUUCCGGUUCUCUCAGUACUUUGCGUGGAUGGUCAUGGGUGUUGCGGGCAGUUUUAUAAUCUGGUAUUUCUCAUGGUGUGUUUACGAUAAGACCUUCUCAGACCAGGAUACCAGCAUUUUUGCGAUGGGUAUGGUCAGUUUCACUGUUGCUGUUGUUUUCAUCAACGUCAAGCUCCUGAUUCUGGAAGUCCACACCAAGACAGUCAUUACCUUUGGCGGCUGUUUGGUAUCUGUUGCUGGUUGGUUCUUGUGGAUGCUGGCUAUCUCCGGUAUCAAGCCCGCUACUAUUGGACCUUAUAUCGUCCGAGAUGCAUUCAUCGACAAUUUCGGUCGUACACUUCAAUGGUGGACAAUUGUGCUGCUCGAGCUUAUCACGCUUAUUGUUAUUGAACUGGUAGUCCAGGCCGUUCGAAGAGUUUACUUCCCCUCUGAUCAGGACCUGAUGCAACGCAUCGAAAAGGACGGCAAUGUGGACAAGGUAUUCGGUGAUGGUAAAGAUGCUGAAGAAGGCGACGCUGAGGCAGAGGAGAGGGUUGUCCCGGAAGCAGGCGAGAGAGUCCGUGAGAGGAGAGCAGGUCGUGCGAGCCACGAUGAUUAUCAGCCGGAGUUUUUGCCCACUGCGGAAGAAGAGAGGGAGAAUCCGAUGGAACAAUGGCGGCGUUGA